UUCAAGUUCUGAAGGGCGUUAGUAUUAUUAAAAAAUUAUUUUAAAAACGACAUAAAAUGCACUACUUUGAAAUAUGUAGACGGUGGACCCAUGCCCAGUUCACGGUUCAUUCGAUGAACCGCCCGGUCCGGCCACUAAUUAUUCUUUCAUCAUUCAUCCGAUGAAUGAUUACAGGGAAAAGAGAAAACCCGAAAGCAAAAAAGGAAAAAAAGAAAAAAAAACCUUCGAGACCAACAGCGCAUUGAGCAUUGUUCUUCUGUCUCUUCGAUCUCUUCCUGUAGCAGAACAGAGCAAAGCCUCUCUCUCUCUGCAACCUGCCCCCGAGUGAGUGAGCAGUAGAGGGAGAAGAGAGGGAAAGGAGAGGAAGCAGUGAGCGAAAGCUAGAAGAAGAUCCAUUUCUUCUGUUAUGUCUCUGUGACGCCUUCUGGAUCGGCCUUUGCUUUCCAAACCCUAGAAUCACCAGAUUUCGCAUUCUGAGGCCGCUCUUAAAUUGAAUGCACACCCAUUUGCUGGGUGUUUGAAUUUCUUACCGCGAAUUGGAAAAAGGUGUGGAGGAAUGUGAUUUCUUUGAAGCGGGGGAGGAGGGGGCGUUUUUCUUUUUGGUGUAAGAAUGGCAGAUGCGGCAGCUAUAGUGGAUGUCACUGGAUCAAGAUUUAGUUCUUUGGAGCUGAUUGGAAGGGGAUCAUUUGGCGAUGUCUAUAAAGGGUUUGAUAAGGAGCUUAACAAAGACGUUGCUAUUAAAGUUAUUGAUUUGGAAGAAUCAGAGGAUGAAAUUGAGGACAUUCAAAAGGAAAUUUCAGUUUUGUCCCAAUGUCGAUCUCCAUAUAUUACUGAGUACUAUGGUUCCUAUCUUCAUCAAACCAAAUUGUGGAUAAUAAUGGAAUACAUGGCUGGUGGCUCUGUUGCUGACCUAAUCCAAUCAGGUCCUCCACUGGAUGAAAUGUCAAUAGCUUGCAUUUUACGUGAUUUGCUGCAUGCAAUUGAAUAUCUCCAUAAUGAAGGGAAAAUUCACAGAGAUAUUAAAGCGGCAAACAUUCUAUUGGCAGAAAAUGGUGAUGUUAAGGUUGCAGAUUUUGGUGUUUCUGCACAGUUGACGAGGACAAUUUCUCGAAGAAAGACAUUUGUAGGAACACCUUUCUGGAUGGCUCCAGAGGUAAUACAGAAUUCAGAGGGAUAUAAUGAGAAGGCAGAUAUUUGGUCUCUGGGGAUAACUGCAAUUGAGAUGGCAAAAGGGGAGCCUCCACUUGCAGAUCUCCAUCCAAUGAGAGUUCUUUUCAUCAUACCUCGAGAAAACCCACCACAGCUAGAUGAGCAUUUUUCUCGUCCUAUGAAGGAAUUUGUUUCGCUGUGUUUAAGAAAGGUGCCUGCUGAGAGGCCAAGUGCCAAAGAACUUCUAAAGCACCGUUUUAUUAGGAAUGCUAGGAAGGGUCCAAGGCUUUUGGAGAGAAUAAGAGAGCGUCCAAAGUACCAAUUGAAAGAAGAUGAAGAAACUCCUAGAAAUGGUCCUAGAGGAUUUGGCGAGGGAUCUGACACUGUGAGAGUGACAAGAGAUGCAAGAGGUGAAGAAACUGUUCGAGUCAGUGCUCAGGGCAAAGCCCUAAAAAAUGCCGGAUGGGACUUCAGCAUUAGUGGGUCACAAAGUACAGGGACUGUUCGAAGUGUUAUAAGACCACCGCAGGUUAGAGAGAAGAAACCUGAAGCUUCUUAUAAUCAGGCUACACCAAAAAAAGCUUCUGACACUGGGAAUCAAUGGUUGUCUGGAUCUGGAGGUGCACUUCAUGAAUCAUCAGAAAUUUCCCUUGUGAAAGAGUUUAGUGAUCCAUUCCAUGGGGAAAAGCAGGGUAAUUAUUAUGAAGAUGAAGAAUUCUCUGUGAGUGGAUCGGGAACUGUUGUUGUACGAACACCAAGAGGACUUCAAUCAUCUGCCUUGUUUAGUGAUCAAAGUACACUGUCUAGCAACACAUAUGCUUCUUUUGAGGAUGCUUCUACUAGUGGAACAGUUGUUUUCCGUGAACAACAUGAUGAUUCUGAUUCUCCUCGAACCCCAAGGUCUAGACUGGGGAUCCAAAAGAGAACUUCUAGUGCCUCUGAGGACAGUGCAAUAAAUCUUGCAGAAGCUAAGGCUGCUAUUCAAGGAGGAUUAAGAAAAGGAAAUCGAGCGAAGUCUAUGUUGAGCAAGUUCACAAAAAAUGGGCAGGAAUAUAGAACAGAACAAAUGUCAGACACGUCUGAUUCUUCCAGACAUUCUCGGGAAUACUUUGAUGCACCGAAGGUACUUCCAAGAUCACGCCAACCAAGUGAUGAUGAUGAAAGUGCAAGACUUUCUGCAGCAGCAUCGUCUGCUUCAUUAUCAUCUUUGCUUAUCCCUUCGUUAAAAGAGGCUGUUGCUGAUGAUUCAGAAGGGUCUGUUGCACAUGCGGUGGCAAAUACACUAAUGGAUAUGGAGCGGAUGAAACCAGGAUCUUGUGAGGUUUUUGUCAGCAGGUUGCUUCAGCGACUGGGAAGUUCAAAGGAGUCUUCAUUGAAAGAUUUGCAGGAGCUGGCUGCUCGUCUCUUCACAAAGGCUAAGACAGCACUCGAAGAAACAGAGAUUGCAAGUGCGGAAGCUGAUAACAGAAGGAAGCAACAGAGCAAGGAACUUCCCUCGAAUUCCAAUUUAAGCCCACUUGCAAGAUUCUUGCUCUCAAGGUUGUUUUAGGUCAAGCUUCACGAGAUUUGAACCCAGCAUAAUAAAGAGAUUUUGAUCAAAUUUUGCAUAUUUUCCUUCAGUGUGUUUCCCCUGUUAAUGCAUUUUGUUUUUAAUUUGAUGUACAUAAAAAAAAAAAAAAACUUGUAUUUGUAUCCCGUUAUUGUUAUUAUUAUUUUUUUGUUUUUUGUUUUUUUCCCCUUUAGUAGCGGCAUCCUGUAUAAUUAGCAGGAUGCUAUCAUUGCAGUAGAAAUUGUAAUAUUAGUAACAAUAAUUAUAUUUCUCAAUAAUUGUAUUUUUACUAUAAUUUUUUAUGACAAUUAACUGCCCACAUUUUGCAAA